AAAGACAAAGGGUAAAGACAAAGAGAAAGAUCACCAAGAAAGGAGGCAGCGAACUGGGAGGCCAUGGCGCCGGCUGAUCUCCCACCAGGCUUUAGGUUCCAUCCAACUGAUGAGGAGCUUGUGAACUACUACCUCAAGAGGAAGGUCCAUGGUCUCAGCAUCGAGCUCGACAUAAUCCCUGAGGUAGACCUCUACAAAUGUGAGCCCUGGGAGCUAGCAGAGAAAUCAUUCCUGCCUAGCAGAGACUCCGAGUGGUACUUCUUUGGCCCAAGGGAUAGGAAGUAUCCAAAUGGAUGCCGCACGAACCGUGCAACCCAGGCCGGAUACUGGAAAUCAACAGGCAAAGAUCGGCGGGUCAACUACCAGAACAGACCGAUUGGCAUGAAGAAGACAUUGGUCUACUACAAGGGUCGAGCUCCUCAGGGUCUGAGGACCAACUGGGUGAUGCAUGAGUACCGCAUCGAGGAAAGUGAAUGCGAGAACACCAUGGGGAUUCAGGACUCCUAUGCACUGUGUCGGGUAUUCAAGAAAAAUGUGGCGUUUGGGGAGUUUCAUAAGCAAAAGCAAGGAGAGUGCAGCUCGUCACAAGCUAAAGAAAAACAAGAACAGUUUACGAACGUCAGGGAUGCUGGACAGUCAUCUGGUUCAAGUGAGCAUGGUAAAGACAACUCAUGGAUGCAGUUCAUAUCUGAUGAUCUAUGGUGCAACAAAACAAAGUGAUGGAAUUGAAAAGACAGUUGUUUAACUUCAUCUAACUAGAAACUUCAUUAUCAGUUGCACUUAGACUCUGUAUAUGUUUGGUAACAUCACUUCUCACUUUGGAGUUUCGACAGGAUGACCACCUAAGUUUGGGACUCUUGACUCUUCAUCUAGAGUUAUACUGUAAUAGAUAAAUAUACUACUUUGGUACUUCAAGGUUCGUUUUCCUAUGUAUCUA